AUGGCCGGAGGAGGGAGAACGAGCUCCACGAAAUUCCGUCAAAAACUGUCCAAACCGCCCUGUUUCGUGGCGGUUUCCGGCUACCACGACGGCAGAUCGAGACUGAGAUGGGCUGGGACUGGAAGAGGAAAGUGUGGUGGUUCUAACGUGACCGGUCUUGCCUGA